AAUUCAUCAAACUGCGGCGUUUAGAAUUUUGUUGCUGCGAUGCCGUCAUCGUUGGAUGGCGAAAGUGGGGCAAAUGCGGUGUUGGGUGCACGCUGGUUUACACUCUGCCUUUGCAUUUCGAAGUCGCUAAGGCAGAAUUUGCUGCAAAUUUGAGUUGGGUUAGUAUGUUUGUGUGUGUGUGUGUCUGUUGCGGAGCAAUUUCAUUCGACUGUGGUCUUCGCGAGACAAUGUAGAGUUUGGAUUGAAGCUUUGUGGUCUUCGCGAGACAAUGUAGAGUUUGGAUUGAUGUACACGAGUGGUGGGUGUUUCUGAGAGUGGUCGAAAUGAUCAGAGGCUUUGGUCGCAAUUUUUGGAGCUGAGAUUUUUCUGAGUCUGCCUCUUCCUCAGACCUCGAUUUCCAGCGCCGGAGAGUUUUUGGGUGGGACACUGAAGGUCGCGAUUCGGGGUUUAGGGUUUAGGGUUUUAGGCUCAUAGGUGCACACAUUUGACUGUUUUCGACACUUGUGUUCAUGGUGCAGGGUUCGUUUCUUGAUCAGGGAAUUGGGGAGUCUUUGAUGUUGGAAGCUGGCGUUAGAAUCUUACCAAGAGGACAUUGCUUAUCGAAUCGGUUUUGCGUGAUGCGGCAUUGGUCCUGGAGGGUUUAGUGCUUGGAAACAGGAGAUUAUGAAAUGAUUCUUACUGCAUUCUUUCUCUUUGGAUAGUGUGAGUUCUCUCAAGGAAGCGUAAUUGUUCUUGAGGCAUUCUGCUAAGCUUCUGGGAAAAUGAGGGGUCGCAGGUUUUAUUUCCGUGGAAGUAGUUUGUUUUGUUGCGUUGAGAGAAAUCUGGUAGACUCACAGCAAAGCCUUAAUCAUAAUCUAGUGAUGCCUUUUCAGGCGUUUAGUAGGUCGUUGGCGUCAGAUUCAUCACGAACAUCUUGGUCUUUCGUAAUAUUUGAUAAAGUAGUUAGCCGAUGCCAAUUUCAACCUUCAGGCCUUGGACAAUUGGAAAACUGGAGGUUUAAGUAUUCUUGGAGAUCACUUUGUGCUGUUAGUGAUGUAGCUGAACCUAAAGUCAAAUUUUGUGAGAAGCCAUUGGUGGAAAGAACGAGCUUGAAAAGUGCUCUGUCUACUGCAUUACAAAAUUAUUUCAUCACCAGCAAGUAUGUACCUGCAUCAGAAGCAGCACUAAUGGUGAAAAAUGCCCCGAAGUUUAUGAAGAAGCUCUUAGUCCGUGCAAAGGAGGAGAAGUCUUUGAUCCUCAAGUCUCAAGCGGUGGAUCCUGAUCAUGACGGCGCCUUGAAUUUCCAAGCCCGGGUUGAUGCGUGGGUGGCGAAACAAAAUGUCGAUGAGAUUGAAGUAUUUUUUGAAACACUCGGAUUAGGUGACAAAUCUGUGCUUGAAUAUAUUGUAGCUUCAGAAAAUCCAAAGCUUGUUGGUGAAGAGGGUCUUCUGGUGAAUACGAAGCUUCUCCAGGGGUUAGGAAUUCCAAGGAAACGCCUAUGGAGGCUUUACGAUCGGGACAGGAAACUCUUGAAAUGCACACACACGGACUUCUGUGCGAGUAUUCGAGUUUUGGACAACCUUGGUGUGCAGAGAAAGGCAUUGCCUACAUUAGUACAAGCAUGCCCCUCUGUUUUACGCAUCGAUGUUGAGGAAACCAUGAAGGAUGUUCUUAGGUAUAUGGAAGAUUUAGGGAUUGAGAAGAACUUUGUAGGUAGGCUACUGCAGUACAAUCCUCAAGAAGUUUUAGGAGCAAGGCACACUCAUUUUGGAGAGAAGAUGCAGUAUCUUCUUGAUUGUGGUCUUUCUAAAGAUCGCGUUAUCAGGAUGCUCCGAGACUUCCCUCAGCUGUUAAUAUUGAGCUUAGAGGUGAAUGUGAAGCCCAACAUUGAGUUUCUAUGUUCCUUGGGGCUUAGGAAAGAGCAGGUAGGAAAUAUUAUCGUUAGAUCACCUCAAUUACUGAGUUACAGCGUUAAGAAAAAUCUUCUUCCCAAGAUAGCUUAUUUAGAAAGCUUGGGUGUGGAACGAGGUAACGUUGCACCCAUCUUAGUUAAGUUUCCAGGAAUUUUCGGCCACAGCAUUGAGGAAAGCAUGACACCGAAGGUGAAGUUUCUCGAGAGUCUUGGUGUGGAACGGAAAAACGUAGGAAAGAUCAUAACCCUCUUUCCAGCGAUUAUAGGCUAUAGCAUUGAGGAUAAUCUCAUCCCUAAAAUGAAGUACUUCGAGAGCAUCGGAAUGGAGAGGGCAAGCUUUGGUCGUGUUGUCACUCGUUCCCCGUCGAUACUUGGUUUGAGUGUGGAGCAAAACCUCAAGCCCAAGGUUGCUUUUUUUGAAGCGAAUGGUGUGAAGGAAAAAGACAUCGCAAGAUUAUUUACGUCACAUCCAUCUGUUGUUGGACGAGCUAUAGACGGUAGCCUUGCAAGCAAACUGACGUUUCUGGCAUCUCUGGGUCUGGAACCAAAAUCUGAUGCAAUGGCUAAAGCUCUCGUGGCAUGUGCAGCUCAAAGUGUCACAUCACUUGAGAUGAAAUGCAACAAUUUAUUAGAGAUUGGUUUCCCACAGAAAGCUCUUCUUAAUAUCGUCAUACAGCAACCGACCCUAUUGCAUCUCUGCGAGGCACAUUUGAAAUGCAAGGUUAAAUUUUACACAGAGGAAGUCGGGCUCGCUGUUGAAGAAUUGCCUCCCUCUCUUUUGAGCUAUAGUUUGGAGAAUCGAAUCAAACCUCGAUACAAGUGGAUGACAUUGCUGCAGUCCAGUGGAUUGCUGUCCAGAAAGAUUCCCAUAUCAACUGUUAUGAGUAUUUGUGAGAAAUCAUUCCUAAAGAAGUUCGUCGAACCUUACCCACAAAUGGUUGCACAAUAUAGUGGAACCUGGUCCCUGCCAACACUUUGAGCAACAUCCAUUUGUUCGGGAUAUGCCCAAAACAGCAUGAGUCUGUGAAAGUGGAGGUGUAAACAUUUAAGGUAUGGAACGACGUGAGGCUGCAUUCUAGGAUAUUUACUCUCUGGACGAGCUAUCAGCUCCUAGAUCUCGCAAUAUCCUCCAUGGACCCUAUGGAUAUGCGGCCAAGAAUCAAGAUAUGUGGACAGUUCACCAAUUCAAUAUUAGUUUACCAAUUCCGUGUUGCGGAACUUGGGUGCUCUAUUGUAAAAUCAGUUUGGGGCGUUGACAGGAACACCUGGCUGUGGAUCGAACUGGCCACUAGAUGACAACUUAUGAAUUGGUAAUAGAUUUCACCUGCAAUCGUAAUUAUAUGAUUGUUUUUGUUUUCAUACUUUCAAUAGCUUUGAGUUCUAGCAACUACAGGACCUGCGGUGUUUGAGGUAUGGAAGGUUGCCACCUUGGCCGAUUCUUAUUCUGUUACGAGUAUGCUAGACAUCUAGUAUUUAGACUUAGGAUAUUGUUGAAAGGAUCGGCUGUUAAUAGUUUUAGGAGACAACCCCUACAUUCCUUAUCUAUUAUCUGUGUGUAGACACACCUAUGUUCGUAAACUACGAUUAUCUAUUUUCAAUACUAACAAAAUCCUUCUAGAACUGGCAAAAUUGCACCUA